AUAACAGUCACACGUAUAGGUCCCCACCCGCCAUAGUUCACCUUCUUCCGUGUCCAAAUCAUGGAGGAAAACCAGCGGGGGAAGUUGUCUUCCCAUAUGGAAAUGGAGGAUGAGGUGUUGAAUGAAUGUUUGUGCCAGACGAAGCCCUUUGAUGAAGAGUUUUUAAGAGAUAUUCUACAGCAGCCGCAAGAGGGUGCAGCUACAGGUCUUAAUAGUUUUGGUGAGACAAGCUGUGUGGCAACCACAUCUCCAACCACCUAUGUACUGUCUUUUGACAAAUCCGAUGAUCCUCAUUCUGUGUCUGCUUGGAAAGAUGUCUCCCACAACUUGCCUUUGUCCUCGACAAGGACCAACCAAGGAACAAGGAAGACUCGAAGCGCUUCUGAAUCAAUGGAUCACAUCAUGUCAGAGAGAAAGAGGAGACAGGAACUCACCAGAAAAUUCAUAGCACUUGCUUCCACUAUCCCUGGCUUGAAGAAGAUGGACAAAGCACAUGUACUAAGAGAAGCAAUAAAUUACGUGAAGCAACUGAAAGAACGUGUAGAAGUGCUAGAAGAAGAUAUCCAGAAGAACGGUGCAGAAUCAUCGAUCACCAUAACAAGAUCUCAUCUAUGCAUUGAUGACACAAACAGUGAUGAAUGGUAUGGGUCCAAUGAAGCAGUUCCUGCUGAAGUUGAAGCCAGAGUCUUAGGGAAGCAAAUGUUGAUCAAAAUUCACUGUGGAAAACAAAAGGGUAUUCUGCUCAAAAUAUUGUCUCAGCUUGAACGUCUUCAUCUCUUGAUAUCCACUAGCAAUGUCUUGCCACUUGGAAGUACCAUUGACAUCACCAUCAUUGCUCAGAUGGGUGAUGAAUACAAGAUGGUGGUGAAGGAUCUAGUGAAAGAACUGAGACAAGUGGCUAUGAUGAAGUCGUGUGUGUCACAGUGACGAGUCCACUCGUUUUAGUUUAAGGACUUGAGAAUCACAACUUAUGAAGCCGUUUUACAUUAAUUCAAUGGCUUCUUUUGUUUCAUGUGAACCAAUAAAAUUUUAUUUAUGUUUGCUCCUGUUAACUAUUAUAUAUCUCACGCCUGCUUUAUUAUGGUAUGUUAGUCUUGGAAGAUCCAAGAUCACCAAUAUGAUAGGAUACAAAUUUAAUCUGUAAUUUAUAACAAUAAUAAAAGUAAAGGUAAAGUUCAUUUUUUUUUCUACUUUAUCCUUUAAAAUCAUACAUAACAUUACUUAAAA